CGACCCUGGUGAUAUAAGAAGAUUACUGCCUGCUGUCAGGGGAGGUCUGUGCUGUCUGAGCCUGCCCGGGGGGAGCUCUGCUCUCAGAUAGUGCUGCUAAACGCAAUAGCAACAAGCCUGUCCAAAGCACAGGUGUCCCUGCAUGGCCGCUGUUCCUUGUACAGCUUCCCAUUGGUGCUCAAGCCUGACGUGAGCAAGCAUAGAAGAGAAAUACUAAGGGGAAAGAAGGCAGGAAGCAAAGCUUAGCAUGCCUUUUGUUCCAGAGCCUCCAUAGGAGGUGAUAGAGGAGAAGGGGCCCUGGAUUCCAUCAGUCCCUGGUACUGAGGGCUGACAUCCUUGCUAGACUGCUGUGGAGGCCACGUGCUUCCCUUACUGCUUUUCAUACCAGCGCUUGGCUGACUCACUUGGCAGCUAGCCCAGGUACACCUCAGUAUUGCUGUCGGCAGGAGUUGUGCUGCUCCCAGGCAUGUGGUUGGGGGCAGCGAAUCUCUACGUUCGUACUGGAAGAUGUAUCUGCCCAAAGUGUUGUUGCUCAUCUAUGUUGUGGAUUCAGCUGAUCAUGCCCGACUGCCUGUGGCAAAAGAGCUACUUCAUCAACUGAUCCAGAACAACUCCACCCUGCCAGUGGUGGUUCUAGCCAACAAGCAGGACCUUGAAGGUGCAUAUUGCAUCACAGAUAUCUACGAUGCUCUGGCACUGUCUGAUAUCGGAGACAAGAGGAAGAUGUUCUUGCUUGGUACCCACGUGGCAGAGGAUGGCUCAGAGAUCUCCUCCAGCAUGAAGGAUGCCAAGGAGCUGAUAGCACAGCUGGUUUUGGAAGUGCAGUGACAGCUCUUUUCCUACAACACAGUAUUUGCAGCUGUGGAAGAUGGGGUGCUCAUCUACAGUCAGUUUGCCACAUGGUAACAGAAAUGUAAAGAUAGCUUUUCUUUCUGUCUGUGUAGUUCCUCUGAAAAUCAUGUCUAGUUGGUAGGAAAAUCUGUUUUUAUAGCGUUUUGAAAAUAACUCUGGAAAAUAAUAUAUUUGUAGCAUAUUUAUAGGGGGAAAUGAAACUCUCAGGCAGCAGAGUUAAGGGUAUUUAUAGCUUAGGUUAAGGUGGCAUCUUGCUAGGUUGGAGUCAACUAUUUAUUUUAAUGAAACAAAGUUGUAUCCAGUGAAUAAACUGUCCUGAUGUCUCAGGUUUAAAUGAUUAUAGGUAACAGGUUUUAGAGAGCCCUGUUAGCAGUAUUGUGCUGUUAGAAAUGAGACCCUACUUCCCAAGAGCCUCAGGAGUUUCCUUUUAAGAGAGUGGCUACUUGGUAAUUCCUGGAAAUUGGGCAGGUUGCAACUACUUUAUUGGAUAAGAACAAGAACACAAAGGCAGUAAGACAUUAAGUAUUUCUGUUCUAGUUUUUCCCUGUAAGCAAAGUAUAAUUUAAAGUAGUGACUGAAAGCAGUUAAGGUGGUAUCAGAGUGGAAGAUUCCAUCAGUCUAAGUGUCUUAUUUUGGUUUGGUCCAGAUUGUGCAGCAGCAAGCAGUCUUAUGGGUGAGAAAUAUAACUUUUUUUUUUUAAAGUGAUUUCGGUUAGCAUAGCAGAUGAGAAAGAUGAAUUGCAGAGGUGCAUUACUUUCCCAGUAUUGAUAUCCCUGUAACUAUGCUCUGGUCAUAUGACUGAGUCUAAAGAGUGUGGCAAAAAACACUUUUUGUAAUUAAAUUUAUUAUACAAGGGUUUUGUAGUUUUGUCUGAUGCAUAAAGCAGAACAUUUUACUCUAACCACUGGUCUCGGCUUCAUUUACCUCAACAAGGAAUGACACAGCUGGCCCUUCUGGGACAGUGAAAUGGUGUUUAAAGGGAGUGGGUACUUAGGUUGGGCCAGUGGGAGCUGUGGGUUAGUGGUGUUGGUCAUCCAGAACAGUGCCUGUGGGGGGAGGUAGCUGUGCUCCAUCCAGCAGCCUCAGCUGCUGGCACCCUGCAGUCAGCAGCAGUUGCCAUAGCAUGUGCAAGCGCAUUGCUAUGCAGCUGCACUGGAAGGGACCAAGGAUACCAACCCAGGGUAAACAAUACAAAGAGCUGUCAAGUGGUUGUAUCCUAAGGAGAUACACAGACUUUGCAGUCUUGUUACUUCACACUGAAAGGCGGGCAGCCCAGGUUGCAGAUGGUUGCAGACUGGGUGUCCAGGCUGUGCCCUAGGCCUCUCAGGUGUGGCUUACUUGGGGAUUUACACUGGACAAGCAAAACACCUUUCUCCCUGCUCCUCAUUACAAACAGUGCCUGCCUUUCCUUUCAAAAGGGAAGCUGUGUACUGAAAUUGUAAAGGACAAGCUGUAUUGCUGAAUGUUCAGAAGUACAUGGGCCCUGACCCCUAAGUACUUCAAGAAGUAGCAGAUGUUAUAGCUGGACUCCUCUCAGCAAUUUACCAAGCUGCAUUAUACUGAUCGACAAGAAAGGCACAAAAGAAAACCCAGGGGACUAUAGACCUGUUGGUCUAACUUAAGCACCUGGAAAAGUUAUGGAGAGGAUUGUCCUAGAUGCUGUUAGGAGGCAGUUAAAAAAUAAAGGUAUUAUCAAGCAUAGUCAACAUAUAUUCAUCAAAGAAAAGUCCUGCCUUAGCAAUCUGAUCUUUUAUCAAAAUACUACCCAUUUGGUGGAUGAAAGAAAGGCAGUACAUGUAAUCUUUCUGGAUUGUUAAUAAGACCUAUAAUACUGUCACUCACAGCAUCUCCCUGAACAAAUUGUUCAUCUGUCUGAUAAACACAGGAUAUGCCAGGUGAUGAGCUAAAUGAAUAGCUGAGCUCAAAGUGGAUGGGUCUACAACUGCUUGUGAGCUGAUUGUUAGCAGUAUUCCCCCAGUGCUCCAUUCUAGAGCCGCUUGUGUUCACCACUUCUAUCAGUGAUCUGGUUGCAGGAUUAGUAGAAUACACCUUCAACAAGUUUGCUGAUGACACUAAACUGGAAAAUGCUGUUAAGUUCCUGAAGGAAAGAGAGACCUUUGCAGAGGAAUUCGAUACACUUGAGCACUAGACAAUUAGCAAGCAUGAAGUUCAGCAAAGGAAAAUACUAAACAUGCUGCAUCUGGGCCAGAACAUUGCCACAUACAGGUACAGAUCAGAAAUGAGUGGCUGGGUAGCAGCUUAGCAGGAAGGUCUCUGGGGGUGUUGUUGACUGCGGGCUUAUUGUGAGCCAGUGCAAUCUACUGAUAGCCAAGAGGGCAAACUGUACUGUGGGGUGCUGUAAAGCAACAGAAAGUAUAAUAAUGAUAGUAGAAUAGCAAAGUCCUAAGCUCAGCAAGCAAAGAUUCCCUCAAAUGCAAUAGGCAUAGAAACAAAGAAAAGAAUCUGCUUACCUUCAGAAAGACUCAGGUAGGGAACUCCAGCAAGAAACUAUUGCCUGCAAUGCCAACCCUUAAAUGAGGUCUGGGAAGGGGUGGAUCCUGGCUCCACCCCUUCCAUGUACUCAGGUGCAUUAUAUGCACCUGAGUAUGUCUAGGUUGCCCCUGCUAACUUUGUUGCUCUCUACAGCUUUACAAGAGAUUGAACUCAAAAGCAGUUUGGGCAGCAGAAGGGGGGUACUUCUAUAUCUGCCUGCAGCAAGCCUCGUUUUCCCUCCUGGAAAGCAUAAGCAAAUAACAAAUAUUUUCCUGGGACUCUCCUCUUGUCAAUGGUAUUGCUUAAUUCCUUCAGGUUGCAGAACCGCUGAAAGUACCAUUGUGUGUGGGGAUGUUUGUCUGUUCAUAGCACUUGCCACCAUAAGGAAAAAGAAAAAAAAGAAAAGUAACUUCCUAGAACUGGAGAAAGCUUUAUGAUCACCAUAUGCGUUGAGAGACCUGGCUGAGAUACGUGUGACUCCUCCCUCAGAUGGAUCUUGAGACAGCCUUUGCAAAGCUGUGUCCAAGCAGGGCUGCAGGGUGGCAGUUGAUGCAAGGUUUGGAUGUGGCUGUGUUAGUUGUGUGUGAACUGCUGCAGAAAGAAUGCCAGCUCUGUAAUGCAGCAAGUCUGGAGGUGGACUUUGUGCAGUUACCGUUUACCCCCCUUGCACUUUUGCAAGCAAAAGUUCUUGAAGAGCCAAUUGGCAGAAACUGCUGAAACUGUUGUUUGGCUCCUGAAAAGAGUACUGCUUUCCUGAGCAUGUCUUGUCUUGACCUGGAGGCAGGGGGCCAGCGUCCUGCAAGCGGUUCCCACCAAGGUGCCAGGCAGCCAUGCUUGCAGUAUUGCCUGCAGCAGGUAGGUGUGACAGGGAAAUAAGUCAGCAGGCACCUUUCAGGGGGUCUGCAGUGAGAUGCCCUAGCAGCAGCUUGCCAACACAAAGGUCUUUGUGGUGCUGAGCUGUUGUCUAACAAGCAUUUGCUGGGGCUGUGUGCCCUGAAAGUUUUCAGCCAGGUGAUAUUAAGCAGCAAAGCAAUGCUCCACCUGCUGUGUUUUUUUGCAUGGUGGGGACUCCCACAGCUGUCCACAUCAUGCAAUUGCUCCAGGCCUGGACACUUAACCAGGAACAGUCUAUGAUAACUGUGCUAGAUGAAUGUUUUUUUUCUGGUGAAUAUUCAGUAUGAAGAUUUUCAGUGCUGCAUAAUACUUGGUCCUGGGGUACAAAAGGUCUAUAUCCCUGUGUUUCGAUAGCAUCUAAGACAUCUGUGCUCAAUGGACUGAAAUAAAAUUGCAAGGUUUUUAAGCCCUUUAAGAAAUAUAUCUUCACCUUUGCUCCUAAAGCCUUGUGGGAACAGUGCUAUCCCCAUGGUACCUUUCAGUAAUCUAUGAAAGUGUUGAUAACAGGUGUUUCUGUUUGUCUGGGCAGCCUAGGCUGGCUAAUCAUCCAACCUACCUGCUAGGGUUGCCUGGCAAGUUAUGAAACAGAAACAUGCUUUCCCCUCCUUGUCAUGUCCAAAAAGAACCUUGCAGAAAGAGCAGGUUUGCAAAUUCAUGUCUCUGCAAUCAGAGAGAGCACAAAAAUCUGUGGGCUGUUGAGUUCACUGGAUUAAACUGAUGAAAAGUUACUUGGAAAGAGAAAGAACCCUUAAACAUACCAGAGUGAAUGGGCGUCACCACGCUCCAAAAAGUCUCCACAAACCCACUGUCCUGCUGUGCUGUUAUGACUGCCCUGGUACCCUCUCCCACCAAGGGAGA